AGCCUCCGCCCCAGUUGUUCCUGACACCACAGACUGCGCCCGCUCUUCUGCUCUCGACGCCAUGGGGCUCAGUGACGGGGAGUGGCAACUGGUGCUGAACGUCUGGGGCAAGGUGGAGGGGGAUAUCGGCGGCCACGGGCAGGAAGUCCUCAUCAGGCUCUUUAAGGGCCACCCAGAGACGCUGGAGAAGUUCGACAAGUUCAAGCACCUGAAAAGUGAGGAUGAGAUGCGGGGGAGUGAGGACCUGAAGAAGCACGGCACCACCGUGCUCACCGCACUGGGCGGCAUCCUGAAGAAGAAGGGGCAGCACGCAGCCGAGCUCGCACCUCUGGCCCAGUCACACGCCACCAAGCACAAGAUCCCGGUCAAGUACCUGGAGUUCAUCUCGGAGGCCAUCAUCCAGGUCCUGCAGAGCAAGCACCCCGGGGACUUCGGCGCUGACGCACAAGGCGCCAUGAGCAAGGCACUGGAGCUGUUCCGGAGUGACAUUGCCGCCAAGUACAAGGAGCUGGGCUUCCAGGGCUGAGCUGAGCCCGCCCCGGCGUGCCGUGUGGUGUGUGCCGCAAGUGCCGCUUGCUUGGGGAGGUGGCAGGGUGGGGCCAGACCCUGUCACCCAGCCCCCUGCCCCUCACUCUGCCCCUGCUGCUCCACCCAGCUUUCCCCCUGCCUGAGCCACCCAGCUCCUCCUGGCCACACUUGUGCCCCAAAUCCUGGCCAUUAUCCAGCCCAGCCAGAGUCCUCCCAUCCCUCACCUGCCCGAGGAACACGCAUGCGCCCUGGUCGGUUUGGGGUGACUCGUGGUUUCAAUAAAGGAUUCUGCAU